AUGGGUCAGUCAUUAGCUGACAAAGGAUUUUUGAGACCUCACAAGCCAUAUAGUGCACCUGCUGAUGCCGCCGACAAAGUUCGAGCUAUUUGCGGAUCACUACAGAUUUCCAGUAAGACCGAUUACCGGCUAAAAUCAUUGGAAGAGAAAUUCAAGUUUUUAGAAGCUUGUUUUGCCGAUUUCAAACACAGUGUUCCAAAUUCGCAGAUUUACGAAAUGCAAACAGUUGGUGAUGUAAUUAAAUUCUAUGAAACCUCUGUAAACACAACAGUACCACUUGAUGCUUUGAAGACAAUGGAACUUCCCGAAAAUCUACACAUACAAUUUGAUUAUCUCAGAUUCAAUUCGGAAACUGAUACCAAAUUCAACGGUCAAUCUGCUUUCCCCAAGAGUUCGACAUUGGUAACUGGUCUGAAAUAUCGUGGCAAAUAUGUUGGUAACGAAGCCAAACAAUCCUGGCCUUAA